AUGGGCGGGAGGCGGGGCCGGGGCCGGGGAGGGUGCUCCCGGGAGCCAGGCCCCGGGGUCGCGCCCCGAAGUUGGGGGCCCCGCGCACUGCGCCCGGGGGAGGUGGCCGCGGUAGGGCGGGCGGCUUUGUGGCGCGCGCGGGUUCCACCGCAGGCGGCGCGGAGGCGGGGCCCUGCACAGGCGUCCGCCAACCCCCCGCUUUCGGCCGGGCCGCGGCCGCCGCACAUGGCCGGCUCCGCAAGGGCCGGCUUCCCUGCGCACACGAAUAGCCGCCUGGACGCGUUCCUGCGGAGGCGGCUGCCGCCCGAGGUCUACGACGCCAUCCGCGCCUACGAGCCGUGCAUCGUGGUGUCCGACUCGGAGAAGCACACCUUCAAGUACGUGGUCCUCAGCGAUCGGCUCAUCUACCUGACCGAGAACCCGCCCAAGUCCAUACGGCGAGCAGUGGCGCUGCGGGACGUCGUGGCCAUUGACCUGAUUGAUGAUUACCCACAAUUUCUGAGUCCACCAGACAGAGAAACCAACCAACAUAUUCGUAUCAUCUAUUCUUCAACUGUUUUGAAAAAAGAGUGUGAAAAAUCAAAAGGUGUCAAGAAAUUCUCAUUUCCAUUUCAUCCAUCUCAUUUCCAUUUCAUUGCCGCUUCUAACAACAAAAAAGUUGAAGAAGAGAUUAAUGGCCCUGUCUUUUGGAGAGGCAAAGAGCCCCGAAGUUUGAAUGAAUCCUCUCUCAGGUACCACCAAGAGGUCAGCACACCAUCCACAGACUCAACCUUCUGUCUUCCUUCAGACCUCAAGGAGCCGUCUCUUCAUGGCCAAAGUGCCUUUCGACCCUUACCCACCCCCUCCAGGAGGAGCUGUCAAUCCACAUCAGCUACGGGAAAGGUUGUCACCUUGCCAUCUUGCACAACCAACACGAAAGAACCCAAGGCACUGUCAGAUCACAACGGUUCUCUAAGUGAAGUCCCUUUAAAGGGCAAUGGGAACGGAAAUGAGUUUUACUCAGGAAAUUCCUCCCUGGCUUCCCCUUUACAGAGCAACCCAAACCUAGAGAAAAAGGCGUUGGAACUUCAUUUGUACAUUAUUUCUACAACCUCAUCGAUAUUUCUGCACUUAAAAAGUUCGUGGACCAAUUAUAUUAUAAAAGCUACUCUUUUACAAGACCCCCUACGUGCUGGUUUGCUCAGUCCUAUCGGAAGUCAAAAGCCAUAUAGAUCUGAGGAGAAAAUUAAGCACUUCAGUCAACUUAAAUCUGAACUUUUCCUUAAAGACAAUACGUUGAGGAAGAUACUUUGUCUAAUUACAGAACUUAAAGUAGCAGCCCAGAAAAACUUCAUUCUGAAAAGGCUUUUCUGGAAAACCAGUGACCUUUUCUAUUUCCUAGUGAACAAACUUCGUGAGUACUUGCCAGAGUCUAGGGAUAAGAGCACACUUCAAAAUAGAAGCCAAAGGGCUGAUGAGCUGGUGGCAUGCAUUGAAAUUAUGCAGACUCUGGGACUGAUGUUCAGAGAAACAGAAACUGAGUCAUCACGCCUGAAGACAUUGGCAGCUAAGAAGGGAGCAUUAUUUAAUCUUUUGGUAAUAUUAAUUAGUGAACCUCAGAUUCCAAAAUCUUGUCCUGUGUUUGAUAUCCAGUUGGUGGCUGAUUCAACUUUAGUUGAGAUGUCUUUUGAUGCUGAGUUACAGAACCUUAUCAAGGAAUAUACAGAUACAGCUACGGCACUUUUAUAUGAGAUAUUUCUUGUCUUUCAGCAGGGAAAUCUUGGAUUGGGACCAGAAGAGUUUGCUAUUAGCUGGAUGAUGUCCUUCCUACAAAGUCGUCCUCCCUUCAUCACCUUCCUGGCCAGUAUUGUGAAACAGGUGGUAAAGGGGCUUGGAGCUUCAUUUCAGCUGCUAAGUCCCAGCCAAGCCGUUCUGCUGUAUCAGCAGUUUUACAUCCUCAAGAGCUGCCUGCGGUACAGCCAGACUUUAGCUGAGUAUAUUAGGAAUGACUACAGAGAAGAAUUCAGGUACUUUAUUCACAUGCCAGCCUUGGAAAAAAGGCUCCCAUUGUGGUAUCCUAUUACCCAACCUACCACUCAACUUUUUCAUGAAGUUCUGAAAUUGGUUGAACAGAAACAAUGUGUGGAACGUUAAUAAGAAUCUCAAAUGUUAAUCAGGAGUCAACCUAAUAUUUACAAGAAGACUUAAAAUUUUGACUUAUUUAAUAUCUGGCUAUCCCUGUGUCUUACAAACAGAUUUUAUUUAAAGGUUCCAUCAAUACCCGUAAGAGAAGUCUUUAAAUAGUCGUUUAUCUGCCACAAAAAAAUAAACUUUAAAUACGAUGA